AUCUUGACUCCGCCAUCUUGACUCCAGUACUUCGUAGUUCGCUUCGCAGUUCGCAGCAGUUCGCAGUUCGCGGUGUCUAUCUCGUAUUCUCGUGGUGUGUUAAUUUUGCGGAGUCUUGCGGAAUCUUGCGGAAUCGGAAUCGCUUCCUGACAGAAAAUGAUUGAAGAAGCGGACACUUCGAGCGCGAAAACAGCUGAUUCGGGAUUUGCAGCUCCGGAGAAACAAAAAGCCCGGGCAUUUUUGCGCGAACGCUUCCUACGCGUUAUAACCGGCAUUGUCGGUAAACAAGCAGAGUUUUAUCUACAUGAAGACACUCGAUUGCAGGGUGAAUUCAAAGGCUGCGAUAUAGAAUGUUCUGAGAUUUUCGUGAGGAAUUUGGAAACGCGAAUGGGAACAAUACCAGAAGCUAUUCUGCGAAAUGGUGACAUUAUCUAUUUAGAUAUAGGCAACAUUAAUAUUGACCAAUGAGUAAGGAAGCUUCAACACUUACUUCCUUGCUGUGGACCUAUUAAACCAGAGACCAUUUGUCCACCGCCAAACUGAGUGCGCAUAGCUGAUUGCUGUACAUUGGGAAACCCAGAUAGAAAAGGAUGUUGUUGUCCAGCCAUGUCGAUUACUUUACAAUAAUAAUAUAGUCGAUCAAUUAAUUAAUUGUCCCC